AUGGUCAGUCUCUUCUUGGGUCCCAGUCUCUUUCGGCCGUUGAGGAUAGUUUGCAAGGACGAGUUGCUCGUUGAGGCGUGGUUGGCCGUCGCCUUCCACGUUCGAAACCGUCCACCGCUUAACCCCGCCGCUCGCACGGGGAGUACACGGCACUCUGGGCUGUGCUUUGCGGCCACUACAGAGCAGUGUCGAGCCCAGCAGCCUAGAAUUGACUUUCUCACUCCUCCCUCUGCCCAGGCGCAUACGGAAACGUCAAUCGACACGGUCUCGAUCCUCGGCCACGACAUCAUCCGCUGCGGCUUCCAUCUGAUCGCUUACAUCGUCGAAACCGUCCUCACGACCUUGCCCUCGUCGACCUACGUCCUCUUCACCGAUACCCAUCUGUCCAAGCUGUACCUCGAUGAAUUCAACCAGGCGUUCCAAGAAGCUCUUGCUGCUGCCGCGUCUUCUUCGUCAACGAAGGCUGAUCAACCGCGUUGGAUCUCGUACUCGAUCCCUCCGGGCGAACAAUCCAAAUCGCGUGAGGUGAAAGCCGAGCUCGAGGAUUUCUUACUCUCCCAUCGUUGCACGAGGGAUACCGUCAUCCUUGCUCUUGGCGGUGGCGUCGUCGGUGAUUUGGUCGGGUUCGUCGCGGCCAGUUUCAUGCGCGGGGUGAGGUACUGCCAGAUUCCUACGACCUUGUUGGCCAUGGUUGAUAGUGCUGUUGGUGGAAAGGUACGCCCAAGCUAGCUAUGUGCCUCUCGAGAUGGAGAAUCUGGACGCUGACACCCCCAUGUCCUCUUCUGAAAUGUAGACCGCGAUCGACACCCCUCUCGGAAAGAACCUGAUCGGCGCCUUCUACCAACCCCAAUACGUCUUCAUUGACGCUUCGUUCCUCGAGUCGUUGCCGCGUCGCGAGUUUGUCAAUGGGAUGGCCGAAGUCGUCAAGGUGAGCUUUCGAUCCUCUGUCCUGGUUCCUCGUACGGGAACGAUCCCACUGACGUACGCACGUCGGAAUAAUCUCUAGACCGCGGCUAUUUGGGACGAGGACGAGUUUGCCAAGCUCGAAGCCGGCGUCGAAGAGAUCCAUUCGGCCGUUCUCGGUGGCUCGACCCGCUCGACCUUUGCCGGCCGCACCCUUGAAACUCGCUCGCCCGCGCAAUCGCUUCUCCUGUCCGUGAUCCGAGCGUCGAUCGCGACCAAGGCCCACAUCGUCACCAUCGACGAGAAGGAGACCGGUCUGCGCAACCUCGUCAACUUUGGUCAUACGAUCGGUCACGCCAUCGAAGCCGUCAUGACCCCCGAUGUGCUCCACGGCGAAUGCGUCGGCGUCGGCAUGGUCCUCGAAGCCGAAGUAGCUCGUAGUCUCGGCACACUCGGCAAUGCCGCAGUGGGUCGCUUGGCGCGUUGCAUCAAGGCCCAUGGUCUGCCCAUCACCCUCGAUGACCCUCUGUUCCGCAAGUCCGCCAAGUCCGCCCGCCUCAGCGUCGAGACUUUGCUCGACAUCAUGCGCGUCGACAAGAAGAACUCUGGCCACGUCAAGAAGAUCGUGCUCCUGUCGAGGAUCGGCAAGACGUACGAGGAACGCGCGACGGGUGUCCGAGACGACGUUAUUGCCCGAACGCUUUCACCCGCCAUCAAGGUCUUCCCCGGGCCGCCUACGGUCGAACACUACAAGCUCGCGACGCCGGGAUCGAAGUCGAUCUCAAACCGCGCGCUCGUCCUCGCCGCGCUGGGGAAUGGCGUGUGCAAGCUCGGCAAUUUGUUGCAUUCGGAUGACACGCAGGUCAUGAUGUCGGCUUUGCUCGAGAUGAAAGGUGCCGAGUUCUCGUGGGAGGACAAUGGCGAGUUGCUCGUCGUCAAGGGGAGGAGUGGAAAGCUUUCCCCGCCCAAGGACAACAAGGCGCUUUUCCUCGGUAACGCCGGGACGGCUAGUCGCUUCUUGGCGACGGUGUGUGCGCUCGUGCAACCCGAGGCGGAGUUGACGCACACCAUCAUUACAGGCAAUGGUCGCAUGAAGCAACGUCCCAUUGGCCCUCUCGUCGAUGCGUUGACCGCGAAUGGCACCUCGAUAGAAUACGUCGAAGCGCAGGGCUCGCUCCCUCUCAAGGUCAAGGCGACCCAGCAAGGCUUGCGAGGAGGUCGCAUCCAACUUGCCGCUUCUGUCUCGUCGCAAUACGUUUCGUCCAUCUUGCUGUGCGCCCCUUACGCGAGCGAAGGAGUCGAACUCGAGUUGACCGGCGGUCAAGUCAUUUCGCAACCUUACAUUGAUCUGACGAUCGCGAUGAUGGCCUCGUUCGGGAUCCAAGUCGAACGAUUGACCCUCGACGGCGAAUUGAGCAACACGUACCGCAUCCCCUUGGGGACGUACCAGAACCCUGCAACGUACAACAUCGAGUCGGAUGCGAGUAGUGCGACGUACCCACUUGCGUUGGCGGCGAUUUCGGGCACGUCGUGCACGGUGCAGAAUAUUGGGUUGUCGUCGUUGCAAGGUGAUGCUCGAUUCGCCAAGGACGUUCUGGAACCGAUGGGGUGCACGGUCGUGCAAACCGAGACGAAUACAACCGUCACUGGUCCUCCCGUUGGACAAUUGCGAGCGCUCGGCUUCAUCGAUAUGGAACCCAUGACCGACGCUUUUUUGACCGCUGCCGCACUCGCCGCCGUCGCUACCCAACCCGCUCUACCCGAAAGGUUGCAACCCGGUCAACCGAGUAACUCGACGCGUAUCGGAGGUAUCGCGAAUCAACGCGUCAAAGAAUGUAACCGAAUUUCGGCGAUGCGUACGCAAUUGGCCAAGUUUGGUGUCGAGACGAACGAGUUCGAGGACGGGAUCGAGGUCUUUGGGAUCAAGCCCAAGGACCUCAAGGCCGACGUCUCGGUGCAUUGCUACGACGAUCAUCGCGUCGCGAUGGCGUUCAGCGUCCUUGCUGCUUGCCCCGGUACCCAUGGCGCCAUUCUUGAGGAGAAACGUUGUGUCGAAAAGACGUGGCCUUCUUGGUGGGAUGAUCUCUCGAGGAGGAUGGGGAUCCGUAUCGAGGGUGUGGAACUUAGUGACGAACCCGUCGCUUCGACCUCUCGACCGAUCCCUCGUCAUUCGACAGACGCGAGUAUCUUCGUCCUCGGUAUGCGAGGAGCAGGCAAGACGCAUUUGAGCAAGAUCGGUGCCAAUGCGCUCGGUUGGCCCGUGCUCGACGCCGACGAGAUGUUCAAGACCGUCGCGGGCGAAUCGGCCAAGGACUUCGUCAACGCCAAUGGAUGGCCUGCCUUCCGAGCGAUGGAGACCAAGAUCUUGAAGAAAAUCGUCGCCGAACAAUCCAAAGGGCAUGUCGUCUCCCUUGGUGGUGGGGUCGUCGAAACGCCCGAGAAUCGAGAGAUCCUUCAAGCUUAUGGCCAUGGUGGGGGACCGAUCUUGCACGUCGUUCGGGACAUCGCCGAUAUCGUCGCCUACCUCAAUUCGGAACCGACUCGACCUUCGUUGGGUGAGGAUCUGCAAGAUAUUUACAAGCGUCGUCGACCUUGGUUCCACGAGUUGUCGAAUUUCGAAUUCGUCAAUGUCAUUGGGGGGAAGAUGAAGUUGUCGAACGGGAAGAACGACAAUGGGUUGCCUACUUACACCUCCACAAAGGGCUCCGAGGAUGAGAUUGCGCGUUUCUUCCGCUUCAUGACGGGGCAGGAUACGAACCAUAUCGAACUAAAGGGGACGCAACCAACCUAUUUCCUUUGCUUGACUCUGCCUUUAUUGACGACCCCGACCCCGGUGUAUGACAAGUUCCAAGAAGUCACUGCUGGUGUCGAUGCUUUGGAGCUGCGCGUCGACUUGCUAUCCCCCGAUGGCAAAGCACCGACCAAACCCGUCGUUCCUUCCGUCACCUUCGUCGCGACCCAACUUGCGGCCCUGCGCCAACGUUCGACGCUGCCGAUCGUCUUCACCGUGCGCACGGUCUCGCAAGGUGGGAUGUGUCCCGACGGUGCCGAGGAAGCCAUCUUUGAACUGAUGGAAUUGGGCGUCAAGUCCGGGUGUGAGUACGUCGACAUGGAAACGAGGUGGUCGCGUCAACGCAUGCGCGAUUUCGUCAACAAGAAGCAAUUGACCAAGAUCAUUUGUUCGUGGCAUGAUUGGACCGGCGCUUUGAGAUGGGAUUCCGAACAGAUGGUCGAACGCUAUGUGAUCGCUCAGGAGUUUGGGGAUGUCGUCAAACUUGUGGCGAGGGCUUCGUCGUUGGUCGAUAACUUGUCGAUGAUGAAGUUCAGGGAAAAGUUCGACGAUGGCCCGCCGUUGAUGACGCUCAAUAUUGGGUCCGAGGGUCAACUGUCCAGAAUCCUCAACCCCGUGCUGUCCCCCGUCACUCACCCCGCUUUGGCGGCCAGUGCGCCCGGACAACUCUCGUUCGCUCAAGUUCAAACGGGUCUGCACCUCAUCGGUCGCUUGGACGCCAAGAAGUUCUACCUCUUUGGGACGCCGAUCGCGCAUUCGAAAUCCCCUUUGAUUCACAAUACGUCGUUCGAGACAUUGGGGUUGCCUUAUCUUUACGGGUUACAUGAGACGACCGAGGUUGAUGAUUCGAUUCGCCAGAGGAUCAGGGCACCUGAUUUCGGGGGAGCUUCGGUUACGAGUGAGUAGCCGGCUUUGGUAGAGCUUUCGUUCGGAUGGCAAUGUGCUGACUAUUUUCGAGCUCGUUCGGAACACAGUCCCGCACAAACUCGACAUCAUGCCUUUGCUGGACGAAGUCUCGGACCACGCCAAGCUGAUCGGUGCGGUCAACACCAUCAUCCCCGUCCGCACGGCACAAGGUACGAUCAAGCUUCGUGGUGACAACACCGAUUGGCUCGGAUUACUCGAGUUGAUUCAGAAGAACCUUUCGGCCGACAAUGAGCGACUCCCUUCGUGCCCUGCUCUCGUGUUGGGUGCGGGUGGAACGUCCCGUGCGGCGAUCUACACCCUGUACCAAGCGGGGUUCAAGACGAUCUACCUCUACAACCGUAUCUUGCCCAACGCCCAAAAGAUCGUUGCGUCCUUCCCUAGCGAAUACAACAUCGUCCCUUUGACGUCGCUCGAAUCCGCUUUCGGGGGAUCAACAGGCCGCGAAGAACCCAUCGUUGUCAUCUCGACCAUCCCCGCUCAAGGCACUUCCACCGAAUUCUCCCCCAACCCCGAAGCAGGUGUCGUGGUCCCUCGAUCCGUCUUCUCCCGCCCGGGAGGAGGCGUGAUGAUUGACGUCGCUUACAAACCCAAGAUCACACCUUUGAUUGACCUGGCGCAAAGGUGCGAGGGAUGGGUCGGAGUUCCGGGGAUUCAGAUGUUGUUGGAACAGGGCUAUUGGCAGUCUAAGAUGUGGACGGGGAGGAGACCGCCUAAGACGGUGAUUGCCGAGACGGUGUUGAAGGCUUAUGAGAGGGAUAUGAAGUAG